UUAUUCUAUUGCUGUUCAGUUUGUUUCACCAUGGCGUGUCGAAAGGCGGCCUACCGGGCCAUGACGGAGCUGUCCGAAUUCAUGGAGGCACAGCAACAAGAAGCCGACGCAAAGCAAGCGUCUCUGGAAGCGGAACAGCGUCGCGUGUGGACUCCUUCCGCCAUCUUUGAGCAGUGUUGCAGUCAAUGGUUGGCGUAUGGACCCGAGAUUUCCGUGCACAACAACCGUGGUGGCGGCAUUUCGAAUAGCAGUCAAGGGUGCAGCGGUGUGUGUGGCAAUGCGCAUCCCAAAAUUACACUGGAUUACUCAGACGGUGCCACGGCCGUCUUGUCGCAUCCAUUGGAUCCUUUUCUCCGCUAUUUUGAUGAUUUGUGCCAACAGGGAUUGGCUUCCAAGACAGAGACCAAUAAGGAAGAUGGGAAACCAAGCACUGGUAGCACUACAAGCAGCAGUCUGUACUCUUAUGCCUUGUCUGGCUUUCUCGACGAUCACGUGACCAAACUGCAACAGCAACAAUCCAUGUUUGGAUCUCAUUUGGUCAAGGUCUCUUCUGGUGCGUUGGCAGCGAGUCGACGCGCCAAAGAUCAAUUUCUGGAACAACAAGAAUUGGAACGAGAAGCCAAACGACGCAAAACCCAAGGCCCUGCCGCUACUACCAAUCUGCUGGAUAGUGUCUUGCAAAUCUGUUACGAAAGUGGAAAUUUGUUGGAGCAUUUGGAUGUGGCCGAAAUAUCCUGGAUGCGACUGUGUGGCAACCAGACCAUGGCCAAGUUUGCCGCUCGCAUGGCCACGCAUCGUUUACACAAACAAAUGAAAUUGUCCUAUUCGGUACUCAUUAAUGGACGACACACGCGAGUGCACGAGGGACACUGUACCCAAGACGAAGUCCCUGACCGAUUGUGUAAGACGGGCAGUCAAGGUCCUCGUUUUGCGACGUGGGCCGUGGCGUAUCAUGUCUUGGAUACUAGAAUGCCAUUGGUCAUGCAACAACCGCAACCACAAUCACAACAACCAGACAACAAUGGUACUAGUACUUCUGCUACAACAAAACAAUCUACUGCUACGACGUUUGUCCCAAAACAGACACAAGAAUUCGAAUGGCAGGCUCCCACCUUCGACGGGCUCCAUACGUCGCCCGGAGGCAAUACUCAAGAUGUUCCAGAAUCCUUUCGAGGAUAUCUUAUUCGGGUAUUUCUCGAACCACCCGAUGAUCCAAAGCUACCCGAAACCAAUUGUCUUUUUAGUACCAGUGGGCCCUUGGAAGUGGCACGCGUACGAGUUCAUUCCGAAAUGCUACAACAAGAGGGAAUUCAUACCAAAGAGAAACUCGUCUACAGAAUAGUGUCCAACAAUAGUAACAACUGCACAUCCACAGCAACAUGCGAACCAGGUUCCACCGGAACAAUCUCCACCGCUCCACCAGCAGCCGCUCCAGUAGCCACUGAAAGCGCAAAGCCCACGACCGCUCAAAACAACCACAAUACCUUAUCGGUACAAUCCAUCCAAUUCACAUUUACUGACUUGCUUGGUAUUUAUGUACGAAAGAAAUUGCCAAUGGCCAAACGAAAGUUUCAAGAAAUGAAACAACAACGGCCCGCCACGAGAUGUGAAAAGGAAUAUGUCAAGGGGUUGGCCAAGGCGGCACGCGAUGCGCCCGGAAGGGCUGCAGCGUUUCAAGGAAUGAGGGGGUGGUAGAAUAGAUAUGUAAUGCAUACCCAUGCAUUGGCGGCUUGCUUUUGUGUCUUUUUGACACGACACCUUUGCCGCCCCUCUUUGCAAGUGUUCUGGGCGACGGCGCUACGGAACUAGGUUUUAUUUUGCAACCAUGUUCAUGGGCCCAUUUGAGGAUGUCCAAGUGCCCAUUUUCGGCAGCAGCAUUGCAUGCUGAAGGACGCAUUUUGCAACCAUGUGCGUGCAGCCAUUUUAAUGUUUCCAAGCGCCCAUUUCUGGCAGCAGCAAUAUCAGAUUCUGCGCUCAAUCCCAUUCUGCAACCACUCUCGUAAGCAAACUUGAUCACAUGCAAGUGCCCAAACUCAGUAGCCUUCUCGAGAACACGAUUAUUGAGCGGCACACCACCAGUUAAGAGUGCCAGUUUCAGUGCUCUCAAAUUGCCGCUUCUAGCCGCCUGGAUGCCAAGGUCGUGAUGGGCACAGCGGGUGAAUCCAACACGCGUUGUGUACCAUUUUCGUUUGAACCACUCAUGGAAAGACGCACUCCCAAACCUGGCAAGCGUACAAUCAUUUGUGACACCAGCUUGAUGGGAACCAGAUGUAUCGUCCAACCAGACUUGGGCAGUUGACUCUGUGUAGAAGGUGGCGCUAAAGAAAGUAUCAGUACUGGUUGCUGCGGUCGUACCCCUAGUUGGGGUGUUGAAUGGACGUGCAUGAUUGCAUUUCUUGACCAUUGGUGGAUUCUCCACAGUCUCACAGAGCUGCUUGUAGAGCUGAUUGAACUGCUUGCUAACAGGACCAACAAAGGCAUAAUGUCCCAUGCCCAAGAUGGGGAAAAUGGCGCCAACCCAAACAUCAUCACGUUGAAGAAAAGCAUCAAUAGUCAGCUUAUUUUGGGUACUGUCAUCAAGGGCCCAGCGCGCGGUGUUUUGGGAGUCGGGGUUUUGAUGUGCUGCUUGGCAUAAGGACUCCUGAUCAAAAAGAGUUGAUUUGUGAUUCUUCCCGGAAGGUUCUUCAGUGGAGGACAUGGUGUGAGCGUUGGGGGGAAUGAUCGGAUGUUUGUUUCUGUUGCUAUUGUUGUCUUUGUGCCACUGUGCCGCUGUCGUGUGCUCUUCAGCGGGUCCUCUUUCAGUUUAUCGUCUAUCGAUAGCCAGAAACCUGCGUCGAGCGUGGAAAGUUAAAUUUCGUGUAGGUGAAGUUGUGUCAACGUCUCGUUCCAAAAUUUCCACGGACGUCCAGUCGAACGUGGAAAACUUCCUCGUUAGGGUGUCAACGUGUCAACAUCACCUCACGCGUGAAGUUCAACCUUUGUGCCAUAAGGUAGGCAGCUGCAGAGGAGGAAAGACACCAUGGCGUACCGGUAAUCUAGCCGAGCAUAACCACACCAAAGAUGAUGGUUUUAGAGUAGAGAAGUUAUCAUCGAAAGAAGACGGAGCCUGUCAACAUAUAAAGAUUGGCAGGCAGGCCCACAACAUGCUAGAUUAUUUUCUUGGUUUUUCAUAGAAUUCAGUGACUACGUUUGGGUGGUUCAGCCUUACACACGCCAAAGCAU